AAAAUGCUUCUCUCGCGAGUUGCAUACCAAUGGAUAUCCAUAUCGAUUCGCUGGCUGCAAAAAGUUUCCUUCGAGCUCGUUAGGCUUGGAGUGAAUGGGGAGAUAGAUCUGACUCAUCUGACUGACGGCAAGUGUAAAAACGACGAACGUGAGUGGCGGAUAAUUUAAGCAAGUUUCGCCUCUUUGAGGAGCUUCGCAGAGAUGCGAUACUGAGAUGAGAGAACCUGCCGCUCGGGGCCUAAUUUCGCGUCGUAACCGAAUUAUGGUGGUCGCAGGGGCUGUUGUUCCACCAGGCGAUGGUCGACUGCGCGCGGGCCGCCAUCCUGCUGCCCCUGGGAAUGAGCAUUUUGCGCUGCCAGCCCGUUAACAAGUGCUCGUUGGUCGAGACGGCCUUCCUGCUGCUCGUCACCGUUUCCACCGUCAACAUGCUCACCACCGUCCUCAACGACUCGCCCGUCUUUCCCGGAGAUGAGCAGGACGACGAGCUGAAUGAAAUGGAGGCGAGCGAGCGCGGGCGGUUGGCGCGGCGAAUCAACUCGGCGCCGACGGUGGCCCCGCUGCUAAUGGAUUCGCCACAAUGCGUCCUGUUCGGCACAUUCAUGAUCUGGUUCACAAGCAUCACAAUCAACCUGGGACCGACCUUUCUGAGCGGCGCGCUCGCCGCCAACUCGGAGGUCAACCACAACACGCCGAGCUGCCCCCUGGUGCACGGCCCCUUCCGCCACUACAUUCUCAACGUGCUCUGGAUCAUCAUCAACGUUCUGUGCGUCGCCCUCACCCUCUUCCACCUACACAAGCUGCACCGCGACCUCACCAAAUCCAACAUGCAGGCUGUGCGAGUGGCAGGUCUGGUGUCGACCAUGAUCAGCGUGACGGGCAGCAGCCAGGAAGCGGGCGGCGGCGGCGGCCAAGGCAGCGAGGACCACCGCCGCAUUUGCAACUACAUCCGGCGAAUGGAGCGCGAGGGCGUGCAGCGGGUCAAGAUGUUCAUGGUCAUCACGACCGCCUAUGUCAUCUUUUGGGGACCCCUUUUCCUCGUCACGCUGCUCCAGCCUGGACGCGACGCAAACGCGCUCAGCUAUGAGAUGACCCUGCACGUGGCCUACGUGCACGCCUUUGUCAACCCGAGUCUGUUCGUGGUGCUGCACCGCGGCCUGAGGCACGCCGCGAUCGACGCGUGCUGCUGGUGGUGGCGCUGCGAGAUGGUCUGGCUGCCCCCCGAGCCGCCCCCGUCAGAGCCCUCAACCCCGCUGCGACCCAUGGCGCCCCAGCAGCUCAUCCUACCCAUCGUCGUAACGCAACAACCCACCUCGGCCAGCAUGCACCACCAAUCGGGCGAGCACUGCGGUAUGAUGACGACCGAGAUGAGCCUGUCAACUGACCCCUGGCAACCCUCGCCCGUCACACCGCAGAAAAAACUCUCGCAGCACAACCGCAGCAUGCAGCAGCAGCGCUACCAGACCAAUAUUCCACCGGAAUCGCCCCAGUUCUCCUCCGAGUAGCCGAAUUUUGAAUAAAAGAAAUUUCCUCUCUAGAGCGCAAACCGGGCCCGUUUUACUUUGACGCCAAUUUUAAUUCCAUUAUCGCGUCGCGCAGAUAAAAAAUCUGCCGCCACGCCGGUCUAAUGUCCUGUGAAAGGGGAGAUUGUAUUAAAAUUCGUGGCGUUGCACGAAUUUUCCGCCUCUGUCAAAAUAAAUAAUCUUGCUUCGGACGGAAAGGAGGCUCUCGGAAGUGCCAAUUCUGCAAAGUGCUUGCCGCUGACCCCCAACCAACCAACAAAUGAGCUUUUGAAUUUCCGGCCUGCAUACAAACACACAAAAUGUUAAUUUCCGCCGACGAGUUUUUGUGCCAACUGAACAACCGACAAUCACUGCUGCCGGCGCCGCUUUCAAUCACUUUUCCGGCGCUGGCCUCUAAUGUUAAAAAAUGCUGCUUCCAACCCUUUACAAUUCUAAAUGGAACUAAAGUUUCUGCUUUUGACGAAACAGGAAUUUUAAUUCCACAAUAAUUAAAAUGAUUUGUGUCAACAUGAAAUUUUUAUUCAACAUAUUAUUCAUAAAUUAAUAACAAAAAAUUCAACCCUUUUAGAAGCACUUUCUAAAAAAAUUCCCCAAACUGAUCCAACUUUCCGUGCAACAAACUUCUUCCGAACUACCUGUGCCAAAUUUCUUUUUUUUUUACUCGAGUGUCUGCGUCGACGCGGGUUGUUCUUUUUUUGAGGCGGAAAACGGCGCGCUGCCGGGCCCACUUUGCGCUCUACUUGGCACCAAUUUCGCGUUAAGCAUAAUGAACUCACUCAAUAAGGAAAGGCGGGGAGGCAGCCCGCAAGUCGCCGCAAGUGCCGAGUGACAACCAAGAGAAAGAGGCAAGAUUAUUGCCAAUGUAGGACGGAUUUAGGGUGGAUAGGAACACCCUCUCAAAAUUUUAUGAGUUCAGAAACACUAAAAUAUGACGAAAAAAAUACAAAAGAAAAACAAAAUGUGAAUCUCUCUUAUACUAGUUGAACGGUGACCCCCCGUUUUUCUAGUGUCCUAUUUCAACGAUUCCUAAGCUAUCGGCCUUUUUCAAUUUGAAAUUUUCUACAGAUAUUGUGGUUCCUAUCAACUGUAACAGCGCACUAUCGGAAUAAUAAUUAUAUGCGAUAUGCGUAGGAAGUUUCGUCAAAACGGGCGGAAUUUCAUUCAGGAUUUUUUUACGAGCGACGUUGGGGUGCGAAAACAGGCCAUGAAAUUUUGAUUUGGCCUGAUUGUGCGGCGAGCGGGACGGAGGGAAAAAAAUAAAAAAGCUCUCGUCUAUGAUCCGGCUGAUUUGGUGCGUAUCUCGCCGCAGCUGGGCGCCGCCAAAUGAAAUCGUGCGCGGAAUUUUUCGUUGUGUGCCGCAGAAAAAAAACGUGCCAGAUGAAAUGCACUCGGAAUAAUUUUACAAAACAAAAGCAGACUCUGUCUGUCUGUCGGUCCCAGUUGUGACAUAAAGAGAGAGAAAAAAAGAAAACGCAAAUCUCUUCUCUCGUCAGCUCGCACGCACGCCCGGCCGGGGAGUCAAUUACGAAUUAAAGAGAGUUGGUGUGAAAACAACACACUGCACCAGGCUGAUUUCAUUUCGGGCGCAAUUUAUCAGUUGGCGAGUCUUUUUAAUUAGCAAAUUGGCCGCGACCAGGGACAUUCAUUCGUCGAUGCAGGUUUUAUAACACAGGGGGAGGAAAACCUCACUUUUCCGGAUUAGACUGGGGAUAAUAUGGAUUUGCAGCAGUGCUCUCAGCAGGAUUAAAUCCGGAUUCAGUGAGAUUGGAAUAAUAUCGAUUCACAAAAUACAGUAGAAAUUUUCGCCACUUAAAAAAAAAAUUUGUUUUGGAUCAUCGAAUGUUGUUAAAAGGAAGCUAUUUGGCACACAAACAAAAAUUAUGCCAUUAACAGAAGACUUCUGAACAUUUUUAUGCUGAUUAUGUCAUAAGCAAUUAUUUUUUAACAUCAUUUCCAAUGAGACAUACUCGUUUAUCUAUUUAUUUAUUCACUUGCGGAGAGUGGAAUUUUUUAAAAUCAACAUUGCCUCUUUUUGGGGAUUUCUUUUCAAAUCGGAUUUGCUAAAAUUGAUUAUUAUGUCAAAUCAUCUUAAAUGGGUAAGGAAAUUAACAGGUUGCUUGGCUUAAACAAAUAAAUUGCUCACUAUCAGUAUGGAUACGACGUUUCUCAUAAACUUUCAUUUGCUAAAUUAUUUAACUAAACAAUUUUAUCAUAAAACUAAUUAACUUCAGAUGAAACUUAUGUAAAAAUGUCCUAUUUUAAUACUUUUUAGUAGGUCGAGAAUAAAUACAAGCUGCAAUUUCUUUUGAAUUCAUAAAUAUUCAGCAGUGGAAAUCAAAGAGAUUGCCUUCCGCCGUCGGUCUGAUCGUUAACCACAUCUCAUCUGCAUACUCUGCAAACUCAUUUCCGUUGCUGAGAUUUCUUUCUAUAUCAACUCUUAUUUCCAUUUUUGGCGACUCACGUGAAAAGCUCUCUAUUUUUCAGCGAAAAGACUCGCCAGCACUAUUUUUUCGUUCCUCCCUAGUUCAUACUAGCUCGCAGCAAUAAGUACAUAAAAUAGAAGACGUCAUGUGUUCAUGUAAUCUAUUUUCACUCCCGCACGCUACGAGAUAAUGGAAAACCGCGCUUUGCACAAACCCAGCAGCAGUCGCGUUGCAUGCUGCGGAAAGAAAGAAAGAAAGAAAGAAAGUAAAACCAUUUUUUUUCUCUCCGUUGUGUUAGACACAAAACAUAUAAUAAGAAACGCACGGAAUGUUUUUGUCCAGAAGUGUCCAAUGUCGGAUUUUUUCGAGAAUAGAUAUCGAAGGAUGCGAUAUUAAAUGUGUCAAACUUGAUUGAUGCCCUCUUGUUGCUGUGUUGUGAAAACUUUUUUCAUUAAGUGUGUAGAGAGAGUUGCCGGCAAGCCACUCGCGAAACUCGUUCAACGUGCACUUUAUUUGAAUGGAGAGUUGUGUGUAGUUAGCUGGCAGAUCUAAUCGAUAUUUGUAAUCACGAUAAAUCCCAGACUUUGAAUCACGCAUGAGUGUACAUUCCUUAGGGAAAGCCGAUUCUUCCGACCUUUUCACCUAUUUUUGACUAAGCAAUACUGAAUGUCACAAGAAAAUUAUAUAUCCACGGUUUCAUUUGGAAACGUCGUUUAUUAAAAUAAUAUAUAUGAAUGUUCAAUAAAAACUA